AUGGCCCUGCUUAGAAAACAUCGCCGGUCCAGUGAAGGCGAGGCCGAGUCUGCCAUUGAACAACUGGAAGAUAGACGACAGAAACGCCAUAUUAUCUGGAAGACCGCCGAGCCAGUGUGUCUAGAAACCUCUGGUGCUGAAGUAUCUCCGAUUGAAUUUACCGAGCGUGAGCAGGAUGAAACAUAUGUCUCCGUCUCACGCGAAUGGUCAAGGCUAGCUGAAGGAUCUCGUUCUUCCAACCCAUAUGCAUCGAGCCGAAGCCUGAGUUUCAUGGCUCGAUCUCGGUACUUUGAGGAUACAGUAGUCAUCAACGAAGACCAGGCUCGAUCUUAUCCCAUCGGAGACGCAGAUGGCCCUUCAGAGGAUGAUCUUCAAUUGCUUCGGCUUCAAGGUGCUUUCAAACUACCCCCGCGCGCAGUACGAGAUGGGUUGAUCAAUACAUUUAUGGAGAGGUGCGCACCAUGGAUGCCAAUAAUAGAGCGCAAUUGGUUAGAAGAUAGCGGUAGCCAAAAGCCUUCAAUGCUCCUUCUACAGGCAAUAUUUGUUGCGGCCAGCCGCGUCACUUCUGCUCCAGCGGUCAUCUCAUAUGCAUCAACACAUCAGUUCUAUCGCCGUGCCAAAGCCCUGUUCUGGUCGGGAUAUGAGAAAAAUCCAUUGACUGUUGUUGCCGCCGUAUGUAUUCUACAUUGGUAUAAUCCAGAAGGCCCCGAGCAUGUUUCUACGAACACCAGCGGCUUUUGGCGGUAUGUGGGCGUAGGAUUAGCUCAUCAGAUUGGACUGCACAAGGAGCCCACGAACAAGAGAGAAGCCUCAUUGAGACGCAGGCUUUGGUGGACUUUAUUUGCUCGAGAUUGCUUGAUUUCCGCCGGGCAGGGGCGACCUCUUGCAGUUGGGAUUGAUGAUUGCGAAUUGGCACCUCCAUGCCUGGAGGACUUUCAUGAUUCGAGCGCAAACGGUUCUCUUUUCAUAGCAUAUGUUGAGAUCAGCUCCAUUCUUGGCCAUCUCACCCAAUGCUACCGCCGCAAGAGCUUCUCAAGGCACAUGCGACAAGCUAUCGAGAACCGUUUGUACCGGUGGACAAGAGAUCUUCCAGCAUCCUUGCGACUUUAUCAAUCUCCUGCUUCUGCAGAAUGGGAGACUGCUUCACAAAGCAUCCCAUCUGAGUAUAGCUUUGAAGCACGCCAGCUUCAUAUCCCAUAUUUCAUUUGCCUUGCAAUAAUGUGCCGGUCUAACCCCGGCAACUCUCCAUCGCCAGCAGUGGUACUCUCAUCUUCCUUUGUUGCUGGAAUUUUUGAAGACUUCCUGGCUCGUGAUGAGAUCCAGUUUCUGGGGCCGAUAUUCACAUUCCAUUUGCUGGCAGCUGGAAUCGGCCUGCUCUCCUGCAACAAUGUACCAACAUUAUGGGGCAAAGCCCAAGUUAGUUUACAGACAAUAUAUUUGUCUCUAGAUGUCCUUGCUAAACGCUGGUCAUCUGCCAAAGGAAGUCUGAUGGCCCUGAAAAGCAUCGCAGAUAAACAGCAAAUUACAAGAAGCAACGCGACUGCCUUGUUGACGCUGCCCCGUGAACACCAACCAUUCUUCGCUGACUUUGGACCGGAUAUCUCGUGGGCAUGGUCAUAUAUUAUGACUUCGGGCUCUAUAUCGAGUGGGAAAUACCCUGAUAUUUCACUACCGACCGGGACUCUGGACGUUCCACUUGAUGGAUUCCCCGAAUCCCAGGCCCAUGAGGCGAUUUCAUCUGCGGAUGAAUAUCGGCCAUUGACAACAAUUUUGGAUCCACAUAUGGGAUUUAACAUGGGAGAUAUGACGCAGGGAUUCACAGACGACUUUUUUCACAAUCAAUAUCAGGGAAUGGGUGACUGGCUAUUCAAGGACUUGGACUGCAAUGGCGAGUUUUCGUAA